AUGGCAAGCGUUAAAGACGGUUGUGUUUCUCCUUGCGUGGCUGACGAUGCAUCCGCCAACGCUAGUCUUGUGCAGUCUCCGUCGAUGGGCAGCAUAAGCUCUUCCGUUUUCAAUUCUUUGCGUUUCGACGACGACGAUCCUUCUGUCGACGCGUCGUCCGAUUUUUACGUCAAAGUCGACAACCCUGAAAAACAUGUUACCACAAUGGAGACGUUCAUCACUUUUCGUGUGACGUUGAGGACAACAAGACCUGAAUUCAACAACAGUGAAUAUCACGUGCGGCGACGCUAUAACGACUUCAAGUGGCUGCGGAAUCGACUGGAAGCCGAAAACCCUUCCAGAGUGAUCCCUCCCGUACCCGAAAAGCACAAUUUGAAGGAGCAACUGGACAGAUACGGCCGCGAAUUUAUUUUGCAAAGGAUGUUCCUGUUGAACAAGUUUUUGCAAAGACUAGCUGAUCAUCCUGUUCUCUCUUACGACCAAAAUCUUGUGGCAUUUCUCACUAGCAGUCCUGCGGAAUUUGCGUGUCACAAAAAACGGAGAGAGGGUUUGUUUGUGAGGGUAUCAACUUCCAUGCAGAACAUGUCCUCGUUGAGUGUUUAUUUGAUAAAGCCUCAAGCUCCGGAAUUCGACCAGAUAGGUGCUUACAUCGGUAAAUUUGGGGAGAAGUUGAACUUCGUGGGUCGUGUUGGAUCCAGGAUUCAUCAAGAGCGAACAUAUUAUGCUCGGGAAUUGAAAAUGUUGGCGCCAGCUUUAUUGCUUUGGGCUAAUUGCGAAAGCAAACUGAAGCAAACCUUGGAGAUACUCGCAUCCGCUGUCGAUACCAGUGCCAAAGCAAAUGAUGGUCUUCUUCAUUCUCACAAUUUUAAAUUUCAUCUGCCGCUGAGAGAAUAUGAGUUGUGGGUCGACGCUGUGAAAUCCUCGUUGAAGCGGCGAGAUCAUUUCCAAGUUGCGUAUGAGCUUUCUGUAGAAGAUUUGGAACGCAAACGAGCUGAUAAAGUUUCGUUGAGUUCGGGUGGCGGAGAAAACCUAUUUUCAUUCUUCUCGGGUAAAGACUCGCCUGCUCUGCGACUCGUCCGAGAGCAGAAACUGGAUAACACCAUCGAAGCUGUGAAAAAAGAUUCCGGGGAAAAAGGUGAUAGAAGCGAAAUGGCAAACGCGGACAUCAGAGCGGAUUUUGAGCGGUGGACUUCCAUGAAAGAUGCGGACUUACGAUCAAUCUUACUCUCACAUGCCAUUCGUCACGUUCAAGUGUAUGAACAGUGCGUCGCAGCUUGGGAAAACGCAUUGUCUCGGUUGUCGGAUCAUUGAGGAGCGGAACAAUUAUUGGGCGUUCAUUUAAUUUUAGCCGGCAUUCCCUCGCCUGGAUUCCUCUCAUUUUCCAGGGGAACAUAUCUCGCAUUGAUGUGUAUCGAAGAGUCCCCUGCGUAUUUGUGAUGUGCAACUAAGUUGCCAAUCGUGUUUUUUGUUGCCAGGAAAAUGAGGCGUUAUAUUCGUCAUGUUUCUUUCUGCUUUUUUGUUGUUAUCACAGCCAUGGAUG